AUGAGCUUGACGACAGUGACGCCAGUUGAUGUUGUCAUCGCGACGAGAGUCGAUCAUCUCGCGCAAGACUUUGUGGGCCUUGCUGAUGCAUUGGAAGCGGAUACUCAUUUCGCUGCCCAAGUUCCUCCAGCAGUGAUCGUAGACGAAUUCUCUCGAUUCAAGUUGUGGGCAGGAAACAUCGCAGCGCAUCGCAAGGGCCGUCGUAGCUUGGAGUACAGACUUCGAGAUGCCAUUCAUCUCAAAUCGGAGACUCAUGGCCAGCUUGAUGCCCUGUCCGAUGCUUUGCGAGACGCACUCUCGAUUGUCAAGCACGAGUCAGUACCUUGGGACGAGUUAUCGGCUUCCGACAGUGACUCGGCCAACUCCGAUGGAGAAAGCUCAGAUACUGACCUCGAAGAGAGAACAGAGCUUCUUCAGCUCGUGGCAGGCAUCAAGUCUGUGAUCACCUCACUCUUCCGCCUCUCAAUAGCCAUACGCAACCCGGCACCUAACAGUCAGUCAACGAGCACCAUCAGCAUCGAUAAAUCCUUCUAUGAGCAACACGAUAUACAACAUGUCGCAGAGAAGUUUCGAGAUGCGCCACGCUACCUUAUUGAGAGGUUGGGACGCGCUUUGUCUGCGCGAAGACAGUAUCUGAGUUACCGAGAAGAGCAUCAUCAAAAGCUCAGUAAGAACAUCGAAAAGCUGGGCUUUGAGAAAGCGACGACAGAAUUUACAACAAAUAGUACUGAAGCAACACGCGUAAAGCAAGUAUCAGGUCUCGAAGUGCUCGAUGAGGGAGAUGAUGUGGCAUCGCAGACAUCUUACGCUACUUCUCACAAAGCCGCCAUUAGAGUUCCGACGUUGCCCAAAGGAGCUCGCGAUAAAGAUUUCUUCGAAUGUCCUCUCUGCUUUCUUCUGGUAUCAAUCCACACAGUAGCUGAGUGGAAGUAA